CAGUUAACCCCAGCGAACUGUCGCUCUCACACUCAGCGUCGCUCUCGCUGGGGAAUUAACGUGUUUUGGGGUUCUACGUUUGCAUCUAUGGCUUGUUCUAAGCUCGCCAGUUACGCUCAUGUAAAUCAAAGCGUAAUUUUUCCUAUAAAACGCGAACGAGACUAGAAUUUUGCAUUCAGUACGACUUGUAGACGGUUACUAAAGCUACACACAACACUUUCAAAAUACGUCAAGCCGAGAACAGUGAACGGUCCUCAGUUUACAAAGCACAACUUAAAACGUUUGUAAAAAAAAUAUCAAUACAUUCCUGAGCGUAAAAUGGAGUCCAGAUUAAUUGCAGCCACUCUUCUCGUCUGCUUCUUUGGCGUCACGUAUGCGGGCAAUAUGCCCGACUAUAUCCAGAUCUGCCAUCGUAACGAUCCCGAGCUCUCCAAAUGCCUCAAGCAGAGCGUUCACAAUCUGCGUCCCUAUUUGGUCAAGGGCAUCAAGGAAAUCAAUGUGCCCUCCCUGGAGCCACUGUACAUCGGUGACCUCAGCAUACUCGAAGGCAGCUCCAGUGGAAUUACGGUCAAGGCCAAGAAACUGACCGUCUACGGUGCAUCCAACUUUGAGAUUACCAAAAUGCGUGCUUCCACUCAGAAUAAACGCUUCGACUUUGAGAUGAUUCUGCCAUUGCUGCAAGGAGAGGGUCAAUACGAUAUUAAUGGUAACAUACUGGCGUUGCCCAUCAAAGGCAGCGGACCAUUCGUCGGCAACUUUACCAAUUUUGUGGCCUACGCGCGCAUCACUUAUGAUGUGAAGAAUGUGAACGACGUUGAUUACUUUGAGUUUAAGGAGUUCGCGCUGAAGAUUCGCACCGGCAAGGGUCGUCUCCGUCUGGACAAUCUCUUCAAUGGCGACAAGGUGUUGGGGGAUGUCAUCAACCAUACCAUCAAUGAGAACUUUGAGCUGUUCACCAACGAGGUGAUAGCGCCUAUUGCCCGUGCCCUGGAGGUCAAGUUCCUGGCCAUUGCCACCAAGAUUGUUGAGAAUUUCACCUACAAUGAAUUGUUUCCCCUUUAAUUAAACUAUGUGCUUAAAUUUGUAUGCUAUUGCUUGUGAUACAGUUAAUUUCAUUAUGUUAGUGUUAAUAUAUUUCAUAAAUAAACUUUAAAGGAACUCAAA